AUGGGCGACCUAAUAAACUACAUCCUCUCUCACGAAGAUGCUUUCAGAAGAAACCGGCUACCGUCGCUUUACUCCGACUUUUCAAUACACAAAGACACCAACCCGGAUGGAUACGCAGUGAAUGUGGCAGCAUGGCAAAAGGCCCUUACGAACGCCGCGUUGGCUGGAUAUGUAACGUCUGGUAGCGGCCAAAAAAAGGACUUUUUAUCACUCACCACCGAUCAGAAUCUCUUGCACAAUCUCGAAAUUCCAGAAUGGGGCAGACCAGUGGCUUUGGCGAGCGUUUUCGAUGAGGCCAUCCAGAAACGAAGCAUGGUUCCACAAGAACUUUAUAAAUCCAGUGCGUUUACGCUGAAAACAAGUCGAUGGAGGCUAGACCCAGGAGUUUUGAGCCCGUGGAACGUCAUGAAUUGGAGCUUGAAGCGGCUCAAGGGCUUGGUAGUUGGUCCCGGCGCAACUCUAGGUGUUCAAACGUUGGUUCUCGUGAAUAACCUCCAGGAAACGUCAAAGCGAGUGAUCGAUCAAGCAGCAAGUCACGACUGUUCUUCUUUGGACCGGAUAUACUCCAAGGAAAAGUUUGCAGAAAGAUUUGGCAAGGUGUUAGGCCAAGAUGCAGAGCUGUCCGAUAAUGAUAUUGAUAUGUUGCUGAUCUAUCUCUCGCGAGAUAUCAACGCAAUUGCGUACGAUGGAAAGACUAUCAAGUUCCACGGUGGCGAUGAUACAUCACCUAUCACACAUGAAGAUUCAACUAUAGCAUCGAUAAAGACCCUAAUAUCCAACAUAACCGAACAAAUAUCACGAUUAGAGCAAAAAAUAAACGAAUUGAACGCUAACGCAAAAACCUCGCUUAAUAACAAGAACCGCGUCUCAGCUCUCUCGGCUCUCAAGUCAAAGAAAAUUGCCGAGCACAACCUGAAGCAACGAUCCGACACAUUGAACCAACUAGAAGAGGUUUACAGCAAGAUCGAGCAGGCUGCCGACCAAGUCGAAAUUGUCCGUGUCAUGCAAGCCAGUACUAGUGCCCUACGCAGCCUCCAUGCACAAACAGGCGGCGUCGAAACAGUGGAGAACGUGGUCGACAACCUGCGGGAAGAAAUGUCCAAGGUCGACGAGGUCGGCACUAUCAUUAACGAGGCUGGUCCUGUUGUUGACGAGGGCGAAAUCGACGACGAGAUGGAGGAGCUCGAGAAGCAAGAAGUGCGAGAGAAGGAGGAAAAAGAGGCAGAAGAGACGAGAGAAAGGUUGGCACAGCUGGACAGCCAGAAACACGCGGCAGAAGAAGCUGCGCACAAGCUGGCGGAACUCCAGAAGAAUAAUGUGGACACGGGGGAAGAUUCGCUUUUGGCGGAGAGUAUCGGGAGGCUGUCGAACAUGUCUCUAGAUGAUAAACCGAUCACCAAGGAGAAGGAAGAGAAAGAGAAGCAGCCUGUCCCUGCGCAAUGA